CAAUUUAUCUUCAAAAGCUUUCCGUGAUCUUUACUCCACCUCUCUAUUUACCCAUUCUCUUGAUACUAUUCAAGUACUCAUCAUGAUUCCUACAAGAUGCCAUGAGAUCAUCGGCUCUCGUCCUCCGUCUCAAAAACUCGCCGGAGAAUCCCACUCCAUCAAGAAAACGACGUCAUGCAACGUCGUGAAACAGUCACGGCGACGUGGACGGGGAGCUCCAGUAAUCAUCUACGCGCACUCUCCAAAGGUGAUCCACACGCGUGCUGAAAAUUUUAUGGCCUUGGUUCAGCGGCUCACGGGUCUGGAGGAGAUUAGAAGGCGGAACCCUAACGACGUUAGCGAAUCAUCGUUGUCAGUGUUAACGACGGAAGAUGACAAAAGUUGGGAGAGGCAUCAACAACGUCAAAACCUAGCUGAUAUUCCAUUGUAUACGCCAAGCUCGAUGGUCUUGUUUUGUUCUCCAACUCAACGUCUUUAUCUGUCACCGAACCGGACCGAUCUGGUUUAGACCCUCGGUUUACAUGUUCAUAAAAGAC